AUAUUAGUUGAAAAUCGGGAAUCGAUGCAUACAGUUGGAAUACAAAUUACACCUAGGAUAAAUGUGAAAGUUUAGGAAUAAGAAUUUAAUAAAAUGUGAAUGUCAGGUACAUUCCUAGAUACAUUUACUAAAAAAUAAGCGUGAAAAAUCUCGGUUUGAGCUAAAUUAAUAGAAGCAUAAUCAUUGGCAUUGUUCAUAACACCGCAGCGCCGCUAGGUUUACGCCAACGCCUCUUGUGAAUUGGGAAAAUCAAUAUACUACAAUUUUCAAAUUUAUUAAUGCACGAAAUAAAAAAUCAACACAAAAUUAGUUUUAGCUCAACCCUUCAUCAAAAUUGUUCACUCUUAUAAAAAAAAAAUAAAAAAAAAAAAAACACCCACGGUUGCAAGCAAAAAUAUGUAUCCCGUCUUGGAGUUCCAGGAGAUCGUCCAAUAUAUUUAGGUCAUCAUAUUGACGUUCUCAGUGGUAGUUCCAUUGUUGUUAUUGUUUUCUGAAGACAGCUAAUUCUUCGAGAUAGGAAAUCAAUAAAUAUAACAUAAGAAAAAUAAAUAAAUUUGACAAAGGAAGGAAAAGUUUUCCUAAGAGUUCUCAACGAAAAAAACGUCUUAUAUUGUGGUAAAAUACUGAACUAAUUCUUGAUUUGUGUGCCUUUUUUUGCAAGUGAUCUUUAAAAUGAUUGGUCGUGUUGGCAGUUCGUCACCUUCAGCAUCAGUAAUAUGCGAGGAGGUCUUUGAUGAAGGAUACCUGCCAUCUGCCGAAGAAAUCAAUGACUAUGCGACCAAACUUGGCAUUGAUCCAGUUAAGGAGCCUCAUCUGCUUUACUUGGCCAGAGAAGGCUUAAUGCAGGCUUUACCGUCGGACUGGAAGAUUUGCUAUUCAGAAGAACAGGAUGCUCACUACUACUACAAUAUCAAAACCAAACAUUCUCAAUGGGAUCAUCCUUUGGAUGCCGACUAUCGUGAACUCGCAGAACAAGCCAGGCAGAAAAUAUUCUCAUCAGCUAUUACUCCAGUGAUUGACAACUCCGAUGAUGCUUCACAGCUGGAUUCGGGUAUUCGUAGUCUUCAAGGUAACGAAGACAUGGAUUCAAACAAUACAAACGACAUAUCUUCUCCACUUAAAGACAGUGCUAAAUGCAGUUCAUCUAAUGGUACUCUAAGUUUCACAGGAACAAGUGGGUUUAGCGGUGGAGUAAAUCGUUUUUUAGAAUCUAGAACUAAAUGCUUUCCUGUAGCAUCUAACUUUCCAACCGUAAAGAUGUCUCGAUUUGAGGUAACGAAGACAAAUCCACAAAUUGGCUUAUCUAUGAAAUUAAAUAAUAGCGAUGGACAACAGAGUCUACAGCAUAUCCCCCUGACUCCAAGUGGUGAUGGAACAGAAUUAAAAAAAGGUUUUACCAUUUCUGGUACGGGUGCUAUGUUUUUGAAAUCAAAUGUGCGUAAAAAUUUGGAAUUGCAUAAUUUGGUUGAGACAAAAGAGAAAAGCAGUACAGUUGGACUAUUUGCUGAAAUAUCUAACACUGGAGUCAAGGGUAUUCUAAGGGAUUCUAGUCUUACGGACAUGCGACGGAAAGGAGACAGUUUGGAAAAUGAAGGAGGGGAGGAUAAGAAAAGUGUACGUUUUAAUCUGGAAGAUGUGAAAUCUAGAACCAAUUUGUCUCCUGAAGAAGACUAUAGCAGUUCAAAGAAACUUACUCAAAGCCCUGAGAUUUCAGUGACAUCAGACGAUGAAUACAAUUGGGAAAAUAAUGAUGAAGAAUGUGAUGAGGAGUUUGAUGAAGCUGGAAAGCACGUAAAAGAAGUAAAAGUGAUGCCAGUUUCAAGGCCUGGGAAAGUUCCAAUUUUACGGGCUCAAAGUUUUUCUUUAGAUGUCACUGAUAAGGAUAGAAGUCGCUUAAGUGAUGCCACUCGAUCUUUAAGUGUUGAAAGCCAACCAUCUUCUACGGUUUCAUUAUUGGAAAAACUCAAGGAGACCACGCAUGUUAAACCACUAUAUGAAGACACAGAUUCAGAAUCAAAAGCUAGCUCAGUAAGGAGCUUUGUCAAUAAAUCCGAACAAGAAUUCGAGAGUAUUCCGUUUGAUCUUGAUGAGCUAGAUAAAAAGCACGAACGUGAUGUAGAAGAACUAGAAAAUAAAAUAAAAGGUGGGGCGAUCAGAAAAGUUGCACAGUUUCCCGUCAUACCUGAAAUCAGUUCUCGAUAUGUCACUGUGUCCGAUCAAAUUGAUAAAGAAGUUGAAAACGAAAUACAAAAGUACCGCCAGCAGAGGGAGGCGGACAAAAUUGAAAUAAUUCAAAAGGAAAAAGAACGCUUGGAUGAAAGACUUCAGCAUGAUAUUGAAACGAUAAAAAAAGAAAAUGAUAUUAAGCUCAAAAACCUUCGCCACGAACACGAUUUAAGACUAACGUCAGUUCGCCAUCAGUUAGAAGAAGAAUUUGAAAAACAUUUUGCAGACUAUCGAGCUGAAAUGGAAAUAGAUUUGGAUAUAAAACGGAAAGCAGUAGUCGAUGAACAUAAAAAACACAUGAGCACACUUCAGAAAAACCAUUCAGAAAUUUUUCAAGAUCUAGAAAGAGAUUUAAAAAGUGAGGAAGAAAUUUUGAAAAAGGAACACUCUACUAAGCUUCUGGAAAUGCGCGAUAAACUUGCCCAUGAGAUAGAAUUGGAAAGACAAAAAAUGCGUGACACUGGUGAAGACCGGCUAUAUGAAAAAGUUCGUUGUGAAAAGCGGCUUCUUGAAGAUAAGUAUCGCUGUUUGAAAGAAAAGUAUGUAAGACUUAAAACUGAUGUUAAGCUUUCAUUGGAACGUCGUAAUCGCCGACGUGAACAACAAGCUGUUCUUAAUCAGCAAAGUUUGAACAAUACUACGACAGGCUCAGAAACAGAGCGUUCUAUGUCCAAUAAGCCUUCUAUUGGAAAUAGCGAAAACCGAAGUCUUUCAAUAUCUGCCUCUGGAAUUAAGCCACCCAUACCUCCAAAAACUCAUCUGCAUAAUGUAAGAGAGCACCCAUUGCGCGAAAAAUCUGCAGAACGCCAACAGCCUCGAAAACCUGGCAUAACUUCAAAGUAUAUAAAACACCUUCAGAUUCAUGAUGACACUACGUCUAUGAGCCAGUCUGAUACUACUAUCUCUAACAAUUAUCCAAAAGGUCGAUAUCUCCCAUCCCCUAUUUUGAGUGAUAAUGGUAAUUCCGAUUCGGAAGCCCUUCAAAACAACCAGGAGAAUAAUAACAACACACGUGGGGCAGGCAGCCAACGCAAAAAGUUCUUUUCGCGCAUGAAAUCUGCUUCAACGUCACGACUUAACUCAGAUAUCUUUAAAGGAGAUCGACCAUGUACACCUGUUGAGAAUUUGCGUCAUCAGCUUCAAAAACUAGAAGAUCUUGAAGACCAAUUCCCUGACAAUACUUUGGAUGCAACAUAUCACCUUCGUUAUCCGUUUUCAGAUGUUUCUAAUGAACACGCUGGGACAAGCUCGGCUGAGCUGGAAUUUUUUAAGCAUCGCAUUCACCUAGAACGUGACUCAGUUCGUCGAGCUAAGGAAUCUCUUCGUACGCAAAGAACAAAUUUCAGAGCCCGGCAAAGAGAAAUUAAGCAGCAUCAUAAGAUCAAUAGUACUCGACAUUCAUUGGACCAGUUGAUUCAGGAGGAAAAAGAAUUGACCGAAAUGGAAGUGAAUCUUCAUCGAACCCGGGCACUUUUGGGUGAAAAAGUCAUACGUUUAAGACAUUUGGAGCAUUCACUACAACGAAUUUUCGAAAAAGAGAAACCAAUGGAUUUUUUAUCUGUGGAAAAUAAAGAUGAUGCUACUUUGAGUGAUCUUUCAUCACACUCUAGCUCAGGAUUCAGCAGUACUGAUUUUGCUAGUGUGGACACGCACAAUUUAAACCGACGUAAGGAUAUGUAUCAUCAAGAAUCUUCCGAAUGUAUUCAAAACUUGGAAAUCUUAAACGUUGAAAUAAGAGAAAUAUUGGAUAUCCUCAGUAAACAGCAGGGACAUGGUGCAUCAAUUCCUUUGAGUAGUCCACAAAACGAUUUUAACUGGGCCAAUCUUCUUUCCUCUCCUGGUGCUGUUUCAGGAACUUCAAACGGUUCAACCCUCCUCCAUGCACCUCAAUCAAUUCCAACUUUGGCUGAUCGCUUAGAAACUUACCGGCAAUUAGCCACUGGUCGCAUGGGAGGAGCUAUCCUUGCCGCCAACACUAUUGUGUCGCAAAGCCCAAGGGCAGUCAAUUAUACAACAAGCCUUGUAGAACGCACACGUGAUUUACGGAACUGGUUGCGUCAGGCAAAAAACGAACAUGAAAUUCUCACUGGAGGAGCCGCUUCUUCUGUUGGAGCAGUUACGACAACUGCUGCUCCGGCACUUGGAGGACAUUCCGUUACGGGAGGGCAUCCGCAUACGAAUCUCUAAUUAGGAACUUUGUUUUGUUGCUUUACAAAGAAAUCAGCAACAGGAUAAGAGGUACUUUGAGAAAAUAGUCUCUAGGUUGGUACUUUGGUGCCAAAAUUUUUUUAUUGUUUCUUUUCUCUAAGAAAAGCGCAUAGAUCUUACUAAACAUUUUUGUGUAUUUUGUAGGAAGAAUAGGUUGAAAUAAGAUAUAGUCGUUGAAGCUACUUUUUUAUAGAGUGCGGAUAUAUAAAAGAGAGAAACAUAAAACACUAAUGAAUUAGUGCCAGCUAUAAAUGUUUUAAAAGUCUAGCAUAAAACUGUGAAGUAAAAUAUAUUUAAUCUUAAUUGUUUAAAAUUUAAUAAAAAUAUUAGAUAAAUUGUCUUUGAAAAACAUAGCAGUUCUAGAAAAAAAUAUCAUUGUUUUUAAUGUAAUUCACGACACUUAUACUCUUUUGCUGCGAUAAUGCCUCUCCGAUAUACCUACAUUACAUACACAUAUAUGUAUGUGGUAAAAAUUAAAACAAAUUGACCGUUUAACUUGAGAAAAUGUUUUUCUCUAUUCAUGGUUACCAAUUUUUUCAAACAUCAUAAGGUUUGUUUUAUUUUGAGCAAAAUUUCUUUAAUGAAUGUAUUUAUUAAAUAUUUAGAAAAUCUAACCUUAAAGCGAAAUAAAGUGGUUUUAAUAGAAUACUUCCACUUUUGUAAUGAGCUUCUGUUUUCCGGCUAUGCAAAAAAAAAACAUAUGAGAAAAUAAUUAAUUAGGUCCGUUUGGGUACUUCCUGGGCUAAAAUAUGAAAAUUGUGAGGAUGAAAUCCUCACAAAAACUACAGAAACUAUAAAAAAUAUAAAUGAACGCAAGAAGCAAUAAUUCCGUACAAUAUUUACCCAUUUUCAAAAAGAAUAAGUUUUUGAUCACAUUUCUAAUUUAUUGUUAAUUUGCAGUUCUUUAAAUAUUAAAUGAUUCCCUUUUUACACGAAAAAAUCACACCGAUGUCAAACGAAUUUUUACAAAACUUACAUUUUAGCCGCAAGAAAUUCUUUGGGUUAAAAUUUUCAACGUUUUGGGGCGUACCCAAACGGACCUAUUAUUUCCAAUUCAUCACUCAUAUUGAAAGCUUUUGUUAAGUUAGUGAGAAAAAAUGGUAGAAGAAAACAAAACACAUUUGACAGUGUUCACAAAUAUUCAAUAUGUUCUGAUUCAAAAGCAAGUCCAGAAAAAUCCUGUUCUGAACUGUUCCAGGCAGGCUAUUUGCGAGUAAAAACCAAUCAAUGCUGUCAGAAACAGAAAUUAUCUAAUUAAACACCAAAAAGUUGUACUUUUCUGUUCGAAACAGUCUAUAACAGGCUCAUUGAACCAAGCGAGAGCUAAUAGGUGUGUUUUUUACUACCACCGGCUCUAACAUGACAAAAAAAAACGCCUCUGUGCUUAACUUGAAAUUUUGGCAGCACUGUAUAUUGAAUGUUCCAAAAACAGCAGACACAACACAAAUUUAGAUUUUUCAUAUUUUUCGCUUUCACGUUUUUCUUGUGUUUUUCGUGUAUGUUUUACAAAGAGAUACAAGAAUGUAUGCUAUCAAAAAUAGUUUAAUACAUUUUAUCAUUCCAAACGUCAGUUUUCA